AUGGAGAAAGGUCCAAGUAUUUACGCUGAGGCUCCAGGAUCACUAACUGAGCAGAGCCCUAGAGACCUAAGGAUUACAGGACAUUCGGAUCCUACGGGUAAGAUCCAGGUAAUUGGAGACAUGUUCCAGUUCACAGUUGAUGUGAGUGAAUUUUCUCCAGAGGAUGUUAUCAUCACAUCUUCCAACAACCUGAUAGAGGUCCAUGCUGAGAAGCUGGGAGAAGAUGGCAAUGUCACAAACACUUUCUCCCAUCAAUGCAAACUUCCAGCAGAUGUGGAUCCCAUAUCUAUCAAAAUGACCGUGGAAGGAUGUGGGGUCCUGACUGUCAGAGCUCACAGGAUCUAA